AUGUCCGAAGAAAUUGAAACUUAUUGCCGGCUUUGUGCCGAACCGACGCCUAAAACCCAGCUCAUAGAACCAGAAGAAGAUGUAGCUAUUACUUCCAAAAUACUCGCCAAACUAACCUGGAUCAACGUCGACGUGUCUGUAUCCAACGGUCUUCCGAAUACAAUUUGUUUCUCCUGCUUCGAUCAACUCGAGAGAACUUGGGCUUUCUUAAACAAUGUAAGGUGUGCACAAGACAAAUUAAAUACGAUAUUUAAAAAGGAAUCCGUGGAAAAAGUUAUUGAAAUCGAUUCGAAAAACAAUUUGAAUUGCCAGAAUGUUGCUGGGAAACCUCUGGAUAAGGAUUGGGAGGCAGUCGAAGGUUUCAAAUCGGAAAUUAAAGUUGAAAACGCUGAGAUAUUACAAGUUAUACCGAUAACGGACAUAAAAGCGGAAGCAGAUAGCGAAGAAGAUUUUAAACUAAGAAUAGAUUAUGAUAGUUUAGAUUUAAGUUCGACUGAUAGCGAAGCACCGUUAGUUGUAACCAAAAAGAACAAGAAAUUAAAACGUAAAGUUAGAGAGAGUAAGAAAGAUGUGAAUGAAAUCUCCGUAGACUCAAUUGUAUCAUCUUGGGACGACCAAGGCUGUAGGUGUGCCGAGUGCGAUGCUCAAUGUAAAAGCAUAUUAUCAUUACAAUUACAUUCAAUCCAAAUACAUAAUAGCUGUUGCGUUUUCAAAUGUAUAGAUUGUUCGAAAGUCGCUAGAGGUUACCGAUCAUUUAUAAGACACAUACGAACACACAACAGAGAUUUAAGACACUGUUGUGAGUAUUGCAACGAAAUAUUUAGCUCGAUAUCCAAACUAAAAUUACAUAAAGUCAAAGAGCAUAGAUUUGUUUUCAAAACUAAAUGCACAUCUUGCGGUGCGAGUUUCGAUACCGUCGAGCAAUUAAACGAACAUAAAGCACUAUUUGUUAAGGAUGCAAAGAAGAUUAAAAUAUCUGAAACGAUCAAAGAGGAAAGUACUGAAAUGAAAUGUGAUCAUUGUGAGAAAGUUUUCAAAACGAGAGCCAAUCUAUUGCAGCAUAAGUUACUGCAUACCGAGAGGAUAAGGAAUUUUGCAUGUCAUAUAUGCGGCAAAAUGUUCUUCACUAAGGGCACUUUAGUAACACAUAUGGUUACUCACGAAGAUACAAAGCCCUUUAAAUGCGAUCACUGUCCGUUGACCUUCCGAGCUAAGGGCAAUCUUAUAUCUCAUAUAUCAUUACAUUCUGGCCUCAAACCGUUUAUAUGUGAACAGUGUGGUAAAAGCUUCAGAGUUAAACGACACUUAAUGUCUCAUUCCAUAGUACAUACAGAUUUAAGACCAUUUGUUUGUGAGUAUUGUCAUAAGGCAUUCCGUUUUAAGACUCGUUUAAAUCUCCACCUACGACAACACACUGGAGUUAAACCGUACAAAUGUGUAUACUGCCAACGAGACUUCACAAACGGAUCGAAUUAUAAGAAACACAUGAAAAGACGGCACGGCAUCGAUACAUCAUCAAGAAUUAUGUUCAAUAACUCAAAUCCAGUUAAAGUUGGUUCUUUUAAUUUGAAAGCUAACUCAUAA